AUGGUAGCAGCUAAUCAGCAGGAUACAGGAGGUAACAAGCAGAGUGAUCUUAACGUAGUAUCAAGUGGAGGUCAUAUACAAGGUGAUGCUCAGGCAUCUGGGGGUAGACAAAAGAAGGCCAUUAUGGAUGAGGAAAUGGAGAAGUUGUGGAGUAACCUCAAGUUUUCGGAGAAGGAACAAGUAGAUUUGAAUAUUUCACAUGGUGACAACGGUAGUUUGAGGGAGAAAGGGUAA